AUCACCAUCCACAUACAAUAUUGUCAUUUGCAUGUCAAUAAAAGUUGUCACCAUGCGAGUACCAGAAAGAAUAAUCGAUGGGCAGGGUAAUCGAUGUUUAGCACGCUUUAAGACAAGGAGAUGGAAUCAGAUAACAUCUCAAUGGCAACUCCUGAAAAUUCUAAUUUACCUACCUCAGAUGAAAAAAUGGACUAUGUCAUGCUGUCUUCUCCAGUUGGGCAAAUGUACACAAGCAAUCAGGAGCAAGGUGAGCGACGAGAAACGAGCCCUGAAAACUCAAAACACCAGAUAGGUUCCACAGCCUCCUCCCCUGUCGAAAUACGCUUGGAUGAUGAACUCCAGGCUGCAAUAAAAAGCGCUUCCAAAACCGUGUAUGAGGGCAUUGUUCAAUACGUUGAUUUCAAAGGAAAUGUACAGGUGGCAUCCAAAUCCUCAAGCUCAUCACCGUACGGUGAGCCGAAGAGAGAUGUGUCACCGGCCGCCCCUUUUGAGGGGUUAUAUCCUGAGGAUAGUGAUUUGGACCUACCAGCCGCUGAAAUCAUCAAAUUAUCCCAAGAGGAACACAGUGAAGAACCACUUUCUGUCACCAGGAGAAGCCCCACUGGGCAAGAAUUGGAUGACAAGGUUGGCACGCCAACAGAAAAUGUGUUAGAGGAGCAGUACAGUGAAGCCGAACUAUCUUUGGGCUCUAGUUAUCUGGAGUCGGAUGCUCUCGAGGUUGAUAAUAACUUAGAUGAGAGGACGCCAUUGAACCCCUUGAGUUCAACAGCACGAGAGGAGCCGGAUGGGGAGGAAUCACAACUCCCAACCUCUGCCUGUCAGUCAGACGUUGAGGAGGUUGAUAGAGAUGCGGAUGAAGACAUUGUAUUAACAUCUUGGGGUGAUGGGAAUGCAACACCACCUUCUUACUCCACUAGCCAGGGAUUUGAUCCCUUCUCCGCUGGCACUGAUGUGGAUGAAGAGAAGCCAUCCAUGAGUAAAUCACCAAAAGAGGAGCAGUUGGGGGAGAAAACGCCAUCCCCAACUUCUUCUUGUCAACUCUCAGAUGGUGUAGCGCUUGAUAGUAAUGUGGAAGAAGAGAAAUCCUUAAGUCUGUCACCUAGGGAUGGGGAUGCAACACCACCUUCUAUCUCUACUGGUCAGGAGUUGGAUCCUUUGGAUGCUGCCAGUAAUGUGGAUGAAGAAAACCAGUCAAAAUACUUGAGUCUAUCACCAAAAGAUGAGCACUAUGACAGAACACCCCCAACCUCUCCCAUGAUUGAUCAAGAGCCUCCUCCGACUGAUGUGAAUGACGAGAAUCCAUCAAAACCUUUGAAUCGAUCACCCCCAACCUCUCCCAUGAUUGAUCAAGAACCUCCGACUGAUUUGAAUGAUGAGAAUCCAUCAAAACCUUUGAAUCUAUCACCUAUAGGUGAGGAAUAUAAUGACGCAACAUCACCUUCUCCCUCUAUUGGUCGAGAGUGUGAACCUCUGGAGGUUGACUGGGCGACUGUGGAUGAAGAGAGAUUUACAAAAUACUUGAGUCUAUCACCUAUAGCUGAGCAAUAUAGUGAAGAAGGACUAACCUCUCCCUCAAUUAGUCAAAGUUUUGAACAUCAGGGGGUUGACAGCGACAUAGACGAAGAGAAAGAAUCAAAAUCCUUGAGUCCAUCGCCAAAAGAUGAGCAAUAUGGAGAAACCCUACUACCCUCAAACUCAAUUAGUCAAAGUUUUGAACAUCAGGGGGUUGACAGCGACGUAGAUGAAGAGAAAGAAUCCAAAUCCUUAAGUCCAUCACCAAAAGAUGAGCAGUAUGAAGAAACACUACCACCCUCAAACUCCAUUGGUCAGGAUCGUCUUGAUGUCCUCAGUGAUGUGGAUGAAGAGAAACCAUCAAAAUCCUUGAGUCCAUCACCAAAAGAUGAGCAGUAUGAAGAAACACUACCACCCUCAAACUCCAUUAGUCAGGAUCUUCUUGAUGUCCUCAGUGAUGUGGAUGAAGAGAAACCAUCAAAAUCCUGGAGUCCGUCACCACCUGGUGAGUAUUAUAGUGAUGCAACAUCACCCGCUACCUCUAUUGGUCAAGAUUUUGAACCUCUGGAGGUUGAAAGUGUUGUGGAUGAAGAGAAACCAUUGAGUGUAUCACCAAGAGAGGAACAUGAUGAGAAUGUAACAGCAUCCUCUAUUUCCAUGGAUCACGAUCAUCUGGAUGUUGAUACUGAUUUAGCAGAGCAGAAAAGGGAUGGAACUCCACCUUUGAGUUCCACUCAGGAACUAGAUCUUGUGGAGGUUGAUAGUGACUUGGUUGAAGAAAAACCCUCAGAAUCAUUGAGCCCUUCACAACCGGAGGAGCAGGAAAUGGGUGACUCUCCUCACCACUUUGUUUUUCCAGACCUCGAUGCUGAAAAGGAGAUUGAGAAUGUAGUGUCAAACUCCUUACACGCAUCACCAUGGGAGGAGAACAGCAAUGGAGGAUCUCCUAAAAGCGAUCUGGUUUCCCACCAAGAUUCAAUACGUGAAUUCACAGGACAUGGAAGCCACUCUCCAGAGUGUUGCAAUAAUGCAGACAAAGCAGACUCAAGUUCCCCUCUUCAAGACUUACUUCCAGUGGCUGAUGAUGGUGGUGUCAUGCUCCCUGAAGACGACCACGAGGAUUCAAUUCCGGAAUCUUUCAAACCAAAGAGCAGCUCUCAAUCCUCAUCUCCCUCCUCAGCGUGCUUAGAUGUCGACAUCAGGCCUACCUCCACUUCCAUCUGCGAGGCCUCUAUUCACGAAGAUGACAUCACACCAAAUAAAGACACCGUAUACGAACUGAGGCCAUCUCUAUCAAUAGAGGAGCUUACGGAUCUAGCUGACACGUUUGAGGAUUUCGGGAAGGAAAACUUCAACAAGACAAACCCACGUGACGAGACACUUUUCGUACAAGAGCUGUCAGGAAACACAAGUUCCGCAUCGCCCGAGUGCAUCCAAGAUCUCAUUCCUGAGGCUACCACCCAUCAAGAUCUGCACAUGGACAAAGAUAGCGUCAACGAGCAAACAGAGCAAAAACAUCCACAAUUAACAACAUUUCCGCAAAUUAUAGAGAGGUGCUUGAGUGACGCAAUGAAAACAUGCUCCAGCACCAUACUUCAAGCUCUACUCAAUCAAGCAACGGAGUACUCGGCCGCUGUGAAAGUAGGCAAAGGGUCAAAACAAGGAAAGGACAUUCCACAAUUUAAAAAGAAUGCGACAACUUCGGCAGAACAACAAGCGGAGUCACGUUCAAAACAUUCGGAACGCAAGCGUUGCCAACGAGGAGCCUGCAGAGACAUUCUCAAUAAACAUCCCGAAAAGUCCACGGCAGCCCCGGAUAGUAAUCACGAUGACGGCGAGAUCCUGGCAGACAUCUUACCGAAGAGUCAGAUUUGCAAAGUUCACCCGAUUGUAAACAAAAUGGAGGAUGACAGCGAACACCCUUGUCCACACUAUCUUUUUGAGGUUCCUAAAACUAAAAAGACAAACGAAGCCAAGAAUGAGCAGUCGACUACCAAAGAAAAUGUUACUCGUGAAAGCAAGAAGAAAAGAGAGCACAAACGUAAGUCCUCAAAGGACUCGACGAGAAGUCGAAAAUUAAAAAACAGAGUGGUUCAUAGUACGACGCUGGUACCCCAACAACAACUCCCAGUACUAGACUCAACUUGCCGGGAAAAAACGUAUUUUCUGAAGGUAAAAAACUUCUUUGCCAGGAUGAGGAGGUGCCAAGUGUGUCCCAGGAAAUGGAAAUUGUAAAGAUAAAAACACUAAAUUCUCUGUUUUCAAAAAACUUUGUAAAUUGAUUGGGCGAUGGUAAAACAAAUAGCAUAGCUCUUUUUAGUCAUCAAUGUCAUACAUGUUAUGAUGAUCUGGGCCAUGAGCACUGACAACAGCAAGAACUACAGCAUAUUGAUGAGUUUAGAAGGAUUUCCAGGGAGGAGGACGAAGAAAAGUCACUCCUUUACUGGAAUAUGAAUGUGGGCAAGUACAGAGUCAAUAUUUGCUCCGUAGCACUCAAACAAAAAGAAAAACAUGAUCAGGCUUGGUUUCCCUCUGUCAAGGUGAAAAAAAACGAUGAUCCUGCUAGUUUUCAGUUCCUCAAUUCUGACCAUUUUUGAGCAGCUGAAAAGGAAAAUAAAACUUUCCCCCAUCUGC